AUGACGACCUGUGUCCUUGUGAAAGAUGAGCUAUGGCUAUUUCUGGAGAACGAACUGCUCAGUCUCGCCACAGGGCAAACCCUGAAUAGCCAGGGCUUGAAGGACUGCAUCCUCUACGAGCCCGACACAACUCACGCGGAUUAUGACGAGGAGAGCGAGCAGAGCAGAAAUGAGGAAGCGUUCGCUGAAUUGAUCCAAUUUUUGGAUGACACUAGUCUCUCUCUGAUCAUGAGGGAAGCGGCAGAUGAUGGCCGAAAGGCAUUAAAAUUGCUCCGAGAACACUACGCAGGUAAAGGAAAGCCUCGUGUGAUAAGCUUGUACGUCGAAUUAACCACGCUGCAGAAGGCAGCAAACGAGACUGUUACUGACUAUGUCAUCAGAGCCGAAACGGCGAUAACAGCACUUAGAAACGCAGGCGAGAUUCUGAGCGACGGGCUGCUAAUCGCUAUGCUAUUGAAAGGACUUCCCGAGUCGUUUAAGCUAUUUGCUGUUCAUAUCACCACCCAAGCUGAUGACAACAUGACUUUUUCCGAGUUCCGAGCUAAGUUGAGAAGCUUUGAGAACACUGAGAAGCUGAACACGCAACCUGAUGACGGAGUGAUGAAGGUGACUGCUAUUCCCGGGGUGGGCGGGAGAGUGAACGUUACCUGUUUUUCCUGCGGGGAGAGGGGUCACAUUGCCCGGGCCUGUCAGCAAAACGACCAGGGGGGCCAGCGGCCCAGGCGGUGGUGCGCUCUCUGUAGGAGCACAACACACGGCGACGCCGCAUGCAGACGGAAGAGGAGGGUUGACGUGAAGCGCGCCACCAUACUUACCGCCGACGAAGAGGAGCACGAGUUCGCAUUCCGGGUCAGCGACAGACAGCGGGAGGGCUCCGAAGGUGGCCUGAUGGUGGACACAGGAGCGACAUCCCACAUCAUCACCGACCAACGCAAGUUUAAGAGCUUCGACUCAACGUUCCAGCCAGCGAAACACACCCUGGAGCUGGCUGACGGGACCAGGACAACGGGUGUUGCCACGAGAAGAGGAGACGCGGAGGACAUCUUCUCCGUGAAGACAGCGACUGCAAACGGUGCCUCAGUGACCUUUCAACAAGGUAGAGACCGGCUCGUCCAUAAGGACGGUACCAGGUUCGACAUCAGCGAGCGCAACAGGCUCUACUACCUGAACACCUACGACAAUGCUGCUUUCCGUACGCGCUGCCUUUAUUUUAAUGCAGUGGCUCAUGUGCCUCUCAUCAGUCAUCAGCGGCUCCAGCUUUUGAGAGGAGGAGAGGGGGAGGGUUCAGUGUGGAAACCCACCGUCUAUUCCCUUUUUGGGUUUCGGUGCCGUCAGCUUUCCCACUGCCUCCACCAUGAGAGCCUUGACACUGUCCAGAAAGGAACCAUCAGAGCUCAUCAUGUCGCUCCUGGAGAGCCAUGUCACGGGCUCUUCAGAAACCAAGUGACAGAGCGGCGCGGGGCUGCUCCCCUCCUGCUAGUGGAAAAUACACUGGAGCUGGAUCCAGCCCGCUUCUGCUCCGCCAACUUGUAUAUGCCUGAUGAUGACACUGUCCUUCAUGAGUCCAUCACUGAGGAGGAUGGAGAAAAUGACACCCAAACAGAGGAGGAAUGCUCAGAGAAGACCAGCCCCAAGAUGUCUGAGGACAAAGAGAUGGACAACAAGAGCACUAACAGUUACAGCAACCAGAACUCCCCCAUAAGUGUUGCUUCAAAUCUAGAGGCAGAGUCAGAGUCACGCCUUAGUGACAUCAGCGACAGGCUCUCUGACUUCAAAACCUCCUCCCCACCUGAGAGCCAGAGGGAUGAUGAAAGCCGCAGCUCCAAACACAAGGAAGAGAUAACAAAUGGCAGCUUGGAGAAAAUGAGGGCAGCCUAUGCAAACUUUCUCUCUGAUUCCUACUGGUCUGGGAUUGGAAUGGACUUGAAAAUAGGCAAAAGCACCAGCAAGGCCAACUGUGACAGCACCAACGGAAGCACCAAGAAUGAAUUUGAUUGGCACCAGGAUGCACUCUCCAAGACCUUGCAGCAGACUCUGUCCCCAAAGCCAGUAUCCAAACCUAAUCUGUUCAGCUCUGUCCACCUGUACAGGCAGAGCAGUAAAGCCGGUGGGUCAGUGUUCACAGGAGCCAGCCGAUUUCGUUGUAAAGACUGCAGCGCUGCUUAUGACACUCUUGUGGAGCUGACAGUCCACAUGAACAAGAGUGGACAUUAUCAGGACAACAACCACGGCAAACAGGGCAAUUCCUCUGCCUCCUCCUCAAAAUCAAGGAAACGCAAUUUGCAAGACAUGGAAGGCAAAGAGGAUGCGCAAAAAGUGUUGAAGUGUAUGUUCUGUGGCCACUCCUUUGACUCUCUUCAGGACUUGAGUGUUCAUAUGAUAAAAACUAAGCAUUAUCAAAAAGUGCCUUUAAAAGAACCUAUCCCAGUAAUCACACCCAAACUGUUGCCACCAGCAAAGAAACGGGCCUUUGAAGCUGCAAGACCCUGCUCUCCUGAUUCUACCACUGGUGUACCUGGCUACACUGAGGCACAACGAGCUGCCAGCAUUUCAAAUGCUAACAGUAGUCGCUAUGGCUAUCAGAAUGGCGCGAGUUACACUUGGCAGUUUGAGACAUGUAAGUCUCAGAUUCUGAAAUGCAUGGAGUGUGGAAGUUCGCAUGAUACCCUUCAGCAACUUACCACACACAUGAUGGUUACUGGACACUUCAUCAAAGUCACAAACUCAGCCUCCAAGAAGGGUAAACAGUUAGCUCUGGACCCCUUGGCCAUAGAGAAGAUGCAGGUACUAGCUGAGCCUGCUGUCAGUGAAGCUGAGGGAGAAAAGAUGCCGCCAAAAAAUCCUUCCCCUGUGAACAGUGAGAAGGAUAGCCAGGGGGAAGGCACAUCAGACAAAAUGGAUGAAACUGAUGUUAAAGAUGACAAGCAAGAGAGUGAGAAUCAAAAGGAAGGAAAUGGAGCUUUUAAGUAUCCUUAUCUCCGUGAGGAGGAUCUUGAACAAGGCUCAGGUGGAGGGGGUGACAUCCUCAAAUCUUUAGCCAACACAGUGGCCUCUGCCAUCAACAAGGCUCAAACAGGGACACCAAGCUGGAGUGCCUACCCGAGUAUCCACGCAGCCUAUCAGCUCUCUGGGAUCAUCAAAAGCGCCCCUCUUUCAGCAUCUCCUCCUAUUCAGCUAAAGCAGACAUUCAACCAUAAGCUGAGACCAAUUGCCCCCAAGGGGAAGUUUUACCAUGGUGCUGUGGAAGCUGAAACACCCCAGGAACAGCAUCAAAAUGUGGAAAUCAAAAAGGAAAAGGUUGGCAUUAGCGAUGGUAAAGAAAGUCAAAAUAUUAAGUUUGAUCUGGUGGAGAAUGAUGACAGCGAUUGUCAGGAUGAUUCCUCUUCCUCUUCAAAGCUUGAUACAGACUGUGUGAAUGAAGGGAGUGAAGCGAUCAAAGGAAAGUUGAGCCCAGAUUUCUCUGACAGAGGCAAGACACCGAGCCCUUCUGCCAGCAAUGGACGCAGCACUACUUCAGAGCUUCUCAAUGACACUACGGAUGUACUUGGUAUAAACCCUCUUAGUGCACUGCAGUCAGUUCUGAACAAUCAUCUGGGCAAUGCAAAUAAGCCCAACAAUCCAAGAGCAGAUAAAUUAUCUAUGCGCACCCAGUCUAUUUUUGCUGAAAUUAACCGGAGCAAUGAGAAAGCAUCCCUAAAGCUUGGAAACACUAUUAGAAACAGGCCUGAUGAUGCUUUCUUGUUUGUUAAUGAUGACCAGCCAAUAGACUUGACCAAAUCAAAACAUAGCAAACCAAGUUCUUCAUUACAUCAGCCCUCUACUCCAUUGUCACAGAAAUAUGCCCUCUCUGACAUUGCUGACAUGGUCAAAGUUCUUCCUAAGGCCACCACACCAAAACCCUCCAUACCACCGAGGAUCCCCACCAUGAAAUUGGAAACUGAUGUCAGACGCUUUGAGGAUGUGUCAGCUGAGGUGUACUCUGUCCACAAGCGUAAAGGUAGACAGUCCAACUGGAAUCCACGCCAUCUUCUCAUCCUGCAAGCUCAGUUUGCCUCCAGCCUCUUUCAGACCUCUGAGGGAAAAUACUUACUCUCAGAUCUCGGCCCUCAGGAACGCAUGCACAUCUCCAAGUUCACUGGACUGUCUAUGACCACCAUAAGCCAUUGGUUAGCAAAUGUAAAAUACCAACUACGGAAAACUGGAGGGACCAAAUUUCUGAAGAACAUGGACACCGGCCACCCAGUUUUCUACUGUAAUGACUGUGCAUCCCAGUUCAGGUCACCACCCACAUUCAUUUCCCACCUUGAAUCCCAUCUGGGAUUUCAAAUCAAAGACAUGUGCAAAAUGCCGGUCGAGCACCAGACAAAGGUAGAGGAGCCAGAACUGUCAAAGGCCCUCGGUGUCAGAGCCACUGACGCACUGGUCACCGACGAGGACAUAGACUCCAAGUUCAAAUGUAAGCUCUGCUGUAGGACAUUUGCUAGCAAUCACGCAGUCAAACUCCAUUUGAGUAAAACCCACAGCAAAUCUCCUGAUAACCAUUCACAAUAUGUGGAAAUGGACAAAGAGUAGAUUCUUUUUUUCACCCUUAAUUUUUUUUUUCUUUUGUAAUACACGGGUCAAAUAUUUCAACCAUUUUUCAAUGAGCAUUGUGUAGUGUACAUUAUUAAGACAUUUAAAACAUUCAUUGUGUACAACAAGAACACACUGGUUAGAAAUCGUAUAAGGAAACACUAAAAGAUACCUUUGCACCCCGCUCAAAUGCAUCACCAGUAAUGAAUUGUAUUACUGCUUGAAGAAACAUAAUUGCUGAUGUUUGCAUGCAAUAGCUCUGGCUAUGACUACUAUUUAUUUGUAUGAUAUGUCAAGUUUCAAUCGUAUUUCAAAGACAAAAUGAUUAAUUAAUUGUACUUUACUACUUCUGUGAUACAGUACACCUGCCCAGAUGUGCAGCUGUUCAAACAGGUUGCCGGUCACACAUUACCACACAUACAGAAGUGUACAGUAUAUUGCUAUGUAAAGAUGUUUUGUGUUGCAAAGAUAGAACAGAAAAAAGCACUUUAAUAAAUGUUUAAUCACCAGUUUAGAGUUGGAUUCUGUACAUUACUCAAAAAAAUUAGACCAUUCGGAAACAAGAAUAUCUCACAUGUAAAUAUAUUUUAGGGGAAAUAACAAAACAGUGUGUUUCAUGCGGAAAAAAGCG